AUGGGGCUGACGGUGGUCCUCAAUAAGACCGAGGCUGUAUACUUCAAGCAGCCUUGGCACAGGCCACCACCUCAGCUCCACAUAGUCAUCGAAGGAGUCCGUAUCGAGGUACAGCCCAGCAUCAAGUACCUGGGUUUGCACCUAGAUUGCCAAUGGUUAUCGGCCAGCCGCAAAAGCCUCGCAGUAGUGCGAGGCCUGCAAAGACGGCUGGCCAUAAGGAUCACGCGGGGGUAUAAAACCACUCCCGCAGAGGCGGCGCUAGCGGUGUCAGGAUCAAUUCCAUGGGAAUUGCAGGCGGAGGCGUACGCGAUGUACGAGUGGCGUACCAACCUCCGCCGCGAAGGAGAAAUCCUGACACCGCGUACGAAGGAAGUGGCUAGGACCCAGUUCCGGCAGCUCGCUAUCGAAAAAUGGAAGGAGAGGCUGGCACAUGUCAGUGCCGGCCUCAGAGCCGUCGGAGCCAUCCGCCCAGUGCUAGAAGACUGGAUGGAUCGGCGGCCUAAGGGACUCCCGUUCAGGACGGUGCAGGUACUCACCGGGCAUGGUUGUUUCGAGCAUUGCUCUGCAUGGGAUGAGCUGCGCCGUGAUCUGCGGAAUAUUGUGGGCGAUGACCUGUCGCUCCCCAUCAUCGUCGCCAAGACGGUGGAGAACGAAGAUGCCUGGGACGCCAUGGUCUCCUUAUGCGAGAACGUCAUUUCGCAGAAGGAGGCCGCGGAGAGGGUCAGGGAAGACGAUCCCGAUGCUGACCCAAUCCGCAGGAGGAGGGGGGUGCACGGCGGCGCGCUUACGACCGCCAAGGCCUGUAGCACCUCUAGCAGGAAAGCCUAA